GGUGAGGAAAUGGUAUUAUUAUUUCACAUAAUAUAUGUAGCAAAUAAACUCAAAGUCAAUAUAUUUUGUCGAAUCCUCAGGGCAUUAAAGGUUUAUAAUCUAUCAGACUGAUAUAAAACAGUUCUUGUAUUAUAUAUGAAAAAUGAUCUCCUGACGUAUGCCGACUGGUAGUCCUAUUAAUCCUAUCGAUCCAUAGUGACAGAGAUAAAAAGAAAAGGUUGUCCCAGAUCUCAAUAUAUCAGUGUGCUUGUGACACUGGGCUCUGGACACUUCUCAAUUCUAUUCCAUUUCUAGAGAGAUAUGAGACUACAUUGUGACGUUAGCAAGCAUGGACGAAGCAAAAGACGGUCAACAGACAGAAAGGUGUUCUAGUAACAAAAAGACAAAUGAGGUCGUCAAGAGCUGGACCUGGAAUCAAGAUGGCGUCAUUGACAUCCAGGACCGUAUAGUAGAAAGCUAUAAAAGACCACGAGAAAGAUUUGAAAGAAAGUUUCAAGAGUACAUACCAGAGUAUAACAUAUGUCUACCUCGGGCUCCAGCCUUUAGAGUCGUGUCAGCCAAGAGAGCUGGCGAAAUAAGUGAAAGACUCUACAACCAAAGGGCAUAUCGUCGCUCUCGUACUCCCGCCACUGACCACAGUGUUCAGAGGCUGGUGUCUGCUGUUAGCUCAUUGCACAGUAACAACAGCAGUUCAACACUGGAAGGCGACCAGGGACAGCGUCUUUCUGUAUUGCAUAGUGACAAUACUAGCUCCACCGAAGGCGGUGACAAAGAUGACGAUGAUAAAUAUAAUAACCCUGACGAGAAGGAUAAACUAAAGAAAACGAAAGUUCAUCCGAGGUGCAGGAGAAGAAUGAUGUGGACCAAAGCAGACGUUUUAAAAGAAGACACCAACAAUAUAGAAACAGAUAGACUGCAAACCAUAACAGGCCACACUGAUACAACUAUAAUCCAAAGUAAAGAGCUUCAGAGCAGAAUGAUUCACACUGAUACAUCUAAAACACAAAACAUAAAUAGUAUAGAUAGCUACAAAAUACACACAAGUGACAACAGGACGAUGCAUUGGAAUGAACUGACUGAAAGUCAAAGAACUUCAGCUCAAUACAAAAUGGGAACAAACUGUCAUUCGUAUUCCAACAAAAGGUUAGCACAAUUAAACAGUGACAAAAUUGAACACAAACAACUCACAAAUUGUGAUGCUGUUCCCAAAUAUGAAAGUCUCAUUCAAGCAAAAGGUGGUGAUUCUGGUGGCUGUGUGGUUCAGUCAGAGGGUAGUUUAAACCACAAGAAAACUGGAGUUGUCGUACAUGGUCCCAGAAACAAAAAAGUCCAUACUAAAGAAGCCAACAUUAACUCACAACAAAAAGAGUCACUGAACAUGAAAAGUAAAGGUCUGGAGCUGGACUUACUGAGAGACAUUUUAGGACAAACAUUUGACCAAAUACAGUGUGAAGAACAAAUUAGUACAAAAGAACUUUUACAUAGAGAAAGAAAAAGCAGUGGAGUUGAAACAAUGAAAUCUUGUGAAGAAGUAAGUCCUCGAUUAGAAUCUCCCUCAGAAUCUGCAUCCACUGAUAACAUUUCCCCUAGUAUAACAGGUAACCUUAAACCUCCUUCUCAGAAAAAAACCAGCAUCCAGAUAUUAAAUAGGCCAAAGAAUAAUGUAAGACUUCAACUGACAAGUAAUGAACAUAUCAACAUGUUAAUAUAUCAAUUAGCUCUAACUUCAAAACAAUGUCGUAUUCCUCCUCAAAGACUUUUACAAACAUUUUUCAGUUCUCAUAAUAGAGAAGCAGAGCACAAGAUCAACUCAUCAAAUAGCAAGAUGAGAAAGGCAUUUAGCGAGAAGUUUGUCAAUGAAAAUUCAAGAGAUGUAAAUCAUAGAACAACUAAAAGUGCCAGGGUGAUUAGUAGCACUAAUAAAGAAACAAGGGACAAACCUUUUCCCAUGGGCAGAGACAUGAUUUUGCAGAGACAUGAUCUUGCAUAGAAAUGAUCUUACAGAGGCAAGAAGUUGCAAACAUGAUUUAGCUGAAGAAAUGUACAUUGUAUUCAGAUCAAGUGUUGUAAAUUAUCAUUUGAAACAUAAAUUACAAUUGUGUAUUUAAAUGUAAAUUAGUAAUGAGUGUUAGCGUAAAGACAUUGUGCUAUUCUAUUAUUUAAGUUGGAAGCUUACCUGCCAUCUAGCAAUAAGUUAGAGCAAAAGAAACAAAAAAAAAUUCUAUAAGGUCAACUCAAGACAUGUUGUGACAGAUUAAGAAAAAGUCAACUCAAGACAUGUUUAGAAUAACAAUGUCUAAGUGAAUUUUAAAAUUUUCAUUUGAGAAAGAAAAUCACAAGCAUGUUUAGAAUUCUUAAAGGGUCCUCUUUAUUUUUUUAACCAAUUGUCGAUCUGUGUUACAUUUCUUUGAAAUAAAUGAUUGAAAUUGUUCCAAAA